AUGUUUGGUAGAAAACCAAGAAGUCAGACGUUGUAUGACGCCGAGGUACUUCUGCAGCGGAGGAAAGAUGUGCAGCAACAUGAGUAUAACUCCAGGUACAAGAGAAUCCGUUCAGCUGUUUAUCAGUUCCUUGACCACCCGUUGGCAGCUAACAGCACUUUGUAUCAUUUUGCCGUGUUCUUCUUCGUGCUUCUAGCAGUGAUUCUCGGUGCUACAGCGGAAACUUUAGAAAAUCAUUGGAUGAUCGAAGUUUAUUCCCGCAUGGAGAGCUUUCUUCUAGUUUUUUUUGUCAUCGAGUUCGCGAUCCGUUUAUGGUCUAUAGAAGCAGACGCCAAAUACAUCGGAUGGCGAGGAAAACUAAAAUAUAUGAGAUCCACAGUAUGCAUAGCUGACAUGAUCAUCAUACUAGUCACGUUCAUUAUGCGAGUUAUGGAGAAACGUUAUGUCUCUAAGAACAUGAUGGAUUACUUGAGAUUCAUACAGAUUCUCCGCUUAUUCCAUAUAGAUCGUCAGAUGACUACAUGGCGACUGAUCAAGAAUAUGAUUAUGAUUAGCAAGAUGGAACUCUUCUCUGCUUACUACAUCACUUUCUUCAUCUUUCUUGUUCUAGCUAAUACUGUGUUUCUACUUGAAAACACUGACUUCCAUCAAAUAUCUAAUCAAUUUUUCAACGUCACAGAGGGUGUACCAAAAAGGACAACCACAAUGCCUACUCUAGCUGAUGCUUGGUGGUUCAGCGCUGUGACAAUCUUAACUAUAGGAUACGGAGAUAUUGUCCCCGCGUAUUGGACUACAAAACUGGUUGUAUGCCUUUUGGGGUUUCUGGCUUUCUGUACCUUUGUUACAGCGUCAACUCAGAUAUCUGUAGGUUUGACAUUGAUGAUGGAAGAAGAUAAUAAGCAAGAAUACAAGAAAAAGCUAAGAAACACUUCAGCGGGUGUUAUUCAAUGCUGGUAUAGAUAUCACGUGGCCACAAGAAUCUUCAACGAUCAAAGCUCUCUCAAAAGCGCUCACUUUAAACAUGUUUGCUAUAAACUAUAUCUAACCAAUGAACGUCUUCAAAGAAUUAGAGAUGAAGAGAAGAAGAGGCAACACAAGAUGUCAAAGAAGAGAAAGAGCAGCCCUGCUAUCAAAACUUCAUACUUCAAUUCCUCUGUUGUUAAUGAAGAGCAACCAGCAUGGAUUCAUUCAUUACGUUAUAAAGUGACUCCCCAGGUGAUGACUGCUGCUGGAAUUAUGGAUACUUCGAUAGUUCCUCGGCCACCUCCACCACCUCCACCGCAACCGCAACAUAAGUCAUCGACAAACUCUUUCAGGCGUUUCAUGAGUCUUCCAUUUUCUUAUUCAUGUGAAGUUGACGAUUAUAACCCCCCAGCUGAAGUAAUGUCUUUGCCUGACACUAAAUUCACACAUCAUCACAGAAGCUCAACUGAUACAGCAUUAUCUUCAUCAUUCGAUUCUGAUACAGAUCAUAAUGGGGACCUGCUACGUCAUCAACACGACAAGUAUAGUAGUGCUGAUAUAAAUGAAGUGGACGAACGGAUUCUGAUACGUUAUCAGCCCCUUUUACGAUUUCUUAAUUUCUUACUUUUUCGUCAAUUUGUCAAGAAGUUCAAGAGAUUAAGAAAAUCAGACAAAAUGCUCCAAAUGGAGGCUGAAAUGGCUGAGCAUGAUCACGAAAGAGAACAAAACUUGCGAGAGUUGGAAGAUACUCUCGGAAGCUUGAUAGGGAAGCCGUCUAGAUCAUACCUUGGGCAAAUAGAUGAGAAACUAACGGUUAACGAACGGGUUAACUUGUUUGAAAAGCGAUUGGCUGGUAUGGAGGAGAAGCUCGAAACAAUCGAAACGCUCUCGGGUAGCAUAAUGAAAUUUAUGCAGGAAAAGGCGUUGUUGACCCCGCCUUCGCCAACAGUUGCACCGACGUUAUCAAGAAGAACGAGCAGACUUCAGCGACAACGAACAAUCGACAUAGCAACUACAACUCUGCAUGAGUAUUCCGAAAAUGACGAUGAAGAGGAUGAGCCAGACAGCUAG